CUUACCAUGCCUGCCACUUCCCUCUCGAGCCUCCUCCUCCGCCCCUUCAAGGGACAGUCUGAAAAGGAAGGCACAUCACAAGACGAUGAUUCUUCGUCAGUCAUAAGCAAUGCCACGACCAUUGUUUCUCCAAAAAGCCAGAAUAAGAUGCAACAGACAAUGUCGGAGACUCACAGGGCCGAAAUACUAGACUAUCGAUCAACUCGAUACACUCCGAGUAAGCUUCCGAUGCAUUGGUCCGCUUGUAAUAAGAUGCACAUACUGACAGAGUGUGAUUGCAGUUGGAAUGUUACGGCGUGCUUAAGGCUGUUUCAUCGUUUGGCUAGGUGGAGGAUUAGUGUCUAGUGUCUCGAAUUGAGGUUCACUACGACCAGAACGUGUGACUUUUUGCUCUGAUACAUGACUUCUUGCCGCAUAAAAAUCUUUCAUAAGUAGUCGAAGGAGACCGUUGCAGCUCUGGCGGUGUUGAUGAUCUACCAUUUCAAUAUCCUGUCGCCCAGGGUACAUUCACGGUCAUAACGAUUUGCUUGCUUGACCGUUCACUAGAGCUACAGGUGUGGU